AUGUCAACACCACAACCACCAAAUACAAACCCAUCACGGGUUAUACCUUUAACAUGCUCAGGUCAUACCCGCCCUGUUGUGCAUUUGCAGUUUUCUCCUAUUACUACAGAUGGAACUUACUACUUGAUAAGUGCUUGCAAAGAUUGUAAUCCAAUGCUACGAGAUGGUCCUACUGGUGACUGGAUCGGGACGUUCAUAGGCCAUAAGGGAGCAGUGUGGAGUGCUAAAUUGAGCAAAGAUGCUUCCAAAGCAGUUACUGCUUCAGCUGACUUUACUGCUAAGCUAUGGGAUACUUAUACAGGCGAUGUUUUGCAUUCAUUCACCCACGGUCACAUUGUGCGUUCAGCUGAUAUUUCUGAAGACAGUACACGCAUUGUAUCGGGUGGACAAGAGAAAAAGUUGCGAGUAUUUGAUUUAAGUAAACCGGAAGAGCCUGUCGUUGAAGUUGAGGCACACGAGGCUACUAUCAAGAGCGUUAUUUGGGACGGAGAGAGGAAUGUUGUAUUAAGUGCAGGAGACGAUAAGGAGAUUCGAGCUUGGGAUGUGCGUGGCUUCAGUCAGAUCAAUAGUUACAAGACGGAACAACCAAUCACUAGCAUGGAGCUUUCUCUUGAUGGCAAAUAUAUCACAUGCACAGCAGGGAAGACUGUCUACUUCAUAGACGCAUCAACUUAUCAACUAUAUAAAUCUAUCGAUACUGCAUAUGAUGUGUCAUCAGUGUCAUUACACCGUGAUCAUAAGCGAUUUGUCGCUGGCGGUAGUAAUGAUUUGUGGGUUAGAAUUUAUGACUUUGAAAGUGGCAAGGAACUUGAGGUGUAUAAAGGACAUCAUGGACCCAUUCAUACAGUCAGUUACAGUCCUGAUGGAGAAAUAUAUGCAACUGGAUCAGGUAAGACAGUCACGAUAUUAGACAUACGUGGAACUGAUCAUGUCAAUUUCAAAAGUGUGGGAUCUGGUCAAGAUAAUGCAGUAAUGCAGCAAUGCAGCACACAGUAUGGAAUUCACAUUGCUCAGGAACCACAGGAUGGAACUAUAAGGCUGUGGCAGACUACGCCAGGAAAGAGUUAUGGUCUGUGGCAGAGUAAGGCAGCAAAAGACGAGAAGGAAAAUGAUGCCAAUGGAAUAACUGAUUAA